UAAAAAAAUUUUUUUUAAUGAGUCAAGGUUAAAGGUGAUGUCCAUUUUAAAGCAUAUUGCAGCAUUCCAAGUACAUAUUCUAUACGAAAUUCCCUAAGAGAAUUGGGCCAUCCAAUAGUUCUCUGUUCUCUGGGAUUUCCAUGCCAAUUGUGAUUUUUUUCUCUCCAAAUCCACAUGCAGUAAGUAAUUAUUCUAAGCACCUGGGAGCCAGAGAGGUGAUGAGAGUGAAGGAAGAGCAAGAGUGAACCCAAUACCAUAAAUUGAAUACCAACAGGUUUUCGUAUCAUCAUGAAUAAUUCGCUUUUUUCCAUGCUUUGGAAGUUUCAGCAAUACCUAGGGAACAUUUUAAGAAUCGUAAUCUCAAAAAAGGGAUGGUUUGGGGGUGCCUGUGUGGUUCAGCCGGUUAAGCGUGGGAUUUCCACUCAGUUCACAAUCUCGUGGUUCGUGGGUUUAGGCCCUGCUGCUCCACGCUCUCAACGCAGAGCCUGCUCUGGAUCUUCUGUCUCCGUUGCUCUCUGCCCCUCCCCCGCUCCCUCUCUUUCUCUUUCUCUCUCUCUCUCCCUCAAAAAUAAACAUUAAAAAAAAGUUAAAAAUUUUUAAGGGGGGGUUUUAAGGCCAUUUCUCAAUUUCUGUUGGCCUUUCAGCUUGCAUAGGUAGUCUACCUACGCAAUGCUAACUUAAGAGGUUUUAAAUGAAUGCCAGAACAAAAGGGAGAGGAAAGCUAAAUCACCAGAUACAUCAGUAUCUAAUGAGCACAAAUUGGAUAGAUAGGAUGUUAUCAGAUGUUUGAUUCACAGCUGAUAAGAAUUAUCUUCAGGUACCCAUCCUUGAGGUCUGAUUACAGAAUUGACCCUGGCCCACCCACACACCUAAAAUUUAUUUAAGAGACCAACCUAAGCUCUUCUUGGCUUUUAGGAAGAAGACUGGUAUGGGGAAGUGUAUUCCUUGCUAGUUCUUCCAGGCCAUGGCGCUUCUCAGCAACUUUUUCCUUUGGUUUUUCUGCUUUUCCUGGCUGUGUUUUCCUAUUAGCCUUUGUUCUCGGGCUUCUACAGGAGAAGUUCAGAUUGCAGCGGGUGCUGAAUGGGAAUCUAAGGCUGAACCUUGGUCCUUGGUGCAGCCUCUAGAUGAAAAAGACAGAUUGGGCUUUCUUCCUCCUCUCUUCAAGGUUCUGUAUAAUGGGCAAGGUGACGCCCCUAGGCUGCAGCCAGACUCCAGAGCUUUGCGUUACAUGAAGAGACUCUAUAAGUCCUUUGCUACCAAGGAGGGGAUCCCUAAAUCCAACAGAAGUCCUCUCUACAACACUGUUCGGCUCUUCACAUCCUAUGCCCAGCACAAGCAGGCUCCUGGGGACCAGGUGACAGGAGCCGUACCAUCCGUGGACCUGCUAUUUCACCUGGAUCGUGUUACUGCCGUUGAACACUUCAUCAAGUCAGUCUUGCUAUUUACUUUCAGCAACUCCAUUUCUUUUUCUUCUGCUGUGAAAUGUGUGUGCAACCUGGUGAUGAAGGAGCCCGAGUCUUCUAGUGGGAACCCCCAUAGAACUCCGUCCUCAUUUACCUUUGACUCCCAGUUUGAAUUUAGAAAGAAAUACAGAUGGAUUGAGGUGGAUGUGACUGCUCCUCUUCAGCCUCUAGUGGCCUCCAACCAAAGAAACAUUCACAUGUCUGUAAAUUUGACCUGUGUGAAAGCCCAGCUGCAGCGCCCUUCAGCACAUGACAGUCCCUUUAACGUGACUCUUCUGGUGCCCCCCUCACUGCUUUUAUAUCUGAACGACACGAGUGCCCAGGCUCAUCACAGGUGGUAUUCCCUUCACUAUAAAAGGAGGCCUUCCCAAGGUGCUGGCCAGAAGAGAGGGCUGUCUGCCUGUCCCCAGGAAGAAGAGUCAGCUGAGGCUGUACGACCUUCCCGUCAUCGGAGAGGUCAGGAGACUAUCGGCUUGGAACCUCAGAAGCCUCUGGUUCCAGCUUCUUUCAAUCUGAGCGAAUACUUCAAACAGUUUCUUUUUCCCCAAAACGAGUGUGAGCUCCAUGACUUUAGACUUAGUUUUAGUCAGCUGAAGUGGGACAGCUGGAUCGUGGCCCCGCACAGAUACAACCCUCGAUACUGUAAAGGGGACUGUCCAAGGGCACUUGGACAUCGGUAUGGCUCGCCAGUUCACACCAUGGUGCAGAAUAUCAUCCAUGAGAAGCUUGACUCCUCAGUGCCAAGACCCUCCUGUGUGCCUGCCAAAUACAGUCCUCUCAGUGUUCUGACCAUUGAGCCAGAUGGCUCAAUCGCUUACAAAGAAUAUGAAGAUAUGAUAGCCACUAAGUGCACCUGUCGUUGAUACUGGUUCUCUAAACUAAAACAUGGAGCCUCUUCGGCAAAGAAAUGCCGUGCACCUCUCUGUGCCUUCAGGAGAAAGUUCCAUGUGUCAAAUCUCAAUGUAGUAUGUCUUGUAUAAGGGGGAGCCUGUGUAGAUGAGCACAUUCUGUGGCAUCUAUCCAUGGAAAGUGGUAACAUCUUCCUGUUUAAUUUCCGGGUGUAAAUGAACUGUAAUUAUUUUGGAGGGCCCUAAAUUUCUUUCCCGUGAAUAAUUUUUUUUUUCUUGACAUUGGUAUCAGAGUGCAGUAGUUGUAGUUAAUGGAAGAAUAAAUCCCUCUCAGUGGCAUAA